UAUUCCUUUUUGCUAGCUGGCUUGCCUUUUGCAAUUCUCAGUUCAAGACGUAUCCCCUUCCAGAGAGGAGUUUUCUGUAGUGAUGAAUCCAUCCGGUAUCCAUACAAAGAGGACACCAUUUCUUAUAAGUUGUUAGCAGGAAUAAUUAUUCCUUUCAGUAUAAUUGUUAUAAUCCUAGGAGAGACUCUCUCUGUCUUUUAUAAUCACUUGCACUCAAAUUCAUUUGUCAGAAAUAACUACAUAGCCACUAUUUACAAAGCCAUUGGGACCUUCAUUUUCGGAGCCGCUGCUAGCCAGUCGUUGACAGACAUUGCCAAGUACUCCAUAGGUAGACUGCGUCCUCACUUCCUUGCUGUGUGCCAGCCCGACUGGACACGAAUCAACUGCAGUCUAGGUUACAUUGAGAACUUCUCUUGUCAAGGAGACAAAGCAAAAAUCAAUGAGGGAAGACUAUCAUUUUACUCUGGCCAUUCUUCGUUCUCCAUGUACUGCAUGCUCUUCCUCGCACUUUACCUUCAGGCCAGAAUGAAAGGAGACUGGGCAAGACUUGUACGUCCUACUAUACAGUUUGGUCUUAUUGCUGCAUCUAUCUAUGUGGGUCUCUCGCGUGUUUCUGAUUACAAGCACCACUGGAGUGAUGUUUUAACAGGACUCAUCCAGGGAGCGGUGGUGGCUGUGCUCAUUGUUGUGUACGUGUCUGACUUCUUCAAAGUGAGAGGAUGUACAUUUCAACCGAAAGAGGAUUCCCAUACAACCCUACAUGAGACUCCAACAAAUGGAAAUCACUUUGGCAGCAAUCAUCAACCAUGAAGAAUGACCCACCCCACCCGUCUUGCUCUUUCACAAGUCUAACUAUGUAAUAUAAGUAAAUGCCUUUAAGGGACUGCUGCUGCUCUUGGAUGCUCACUUUACCUGUAUAUAGUAACAUCUACCACAGUUAUUGUAUAUCUAAACUUUAAAUUCCUGUUGGUUUAAGCUCUUCCUUAAAAGACAAAAAAAAAAAAGCUAUUCAAACUGUAAAUUUUUAUUGAAAACAUGGUAACAGUUACAUUACAUACACUGCUGUUUGUACAUGCCUUGUUGAAACAACUGUGGUUUAAAUACACACCAUUAAAAGAAACAAUGACUUGAGACAAA